AUGUCAAGCUCAAAGCCACCAACUGUACAAUUGAGGUACAAGAUUGCAGGAUGCUCGGAACACAGUGGACGUUAUGUUGCGGAUAACAUCAAGUUUGACCGACCGCAUGAUCAGACAAGCCGUUGGAGUUCGGCAAAGGAUAAUUCUGUUCAUGGACGAUCCUGGAUCCUCAUCGAGCUGGAUAAUGCUGCAUGUCUAGAAAGCAUCACCUUCGGAAAGUUUCACAAGGCUCAUCCAUGUAACAUGAAAGACUUUGAGGUUCAUGUCGGCUUAUCUCGUGAUCACUUGACACAAGUGCUGCAAGCCUCUUUAAAGAAUGAUUCAAAACCAGAGACCUUUGGUAUACGGUGCAAGAAUAAGGAUGGGUUACAACUUCCGACAAAGUUUGUGAAGAUUAUGUCACUGUCUGCUCAUGGACAUAACUUCAAUACGUCGAUAUGGUAUGUCGCUCUUUUCGGUAUCAUGGAUGCCACAUAUGUGCAGAGGGUAAUUGAUACAUUUGAGCGGAACAGAGAAACUCUGGCAAUGCGACAUAUAUUGAAGCACCUUCGCCAAAGAAGGCACAUAUCCAUUUUUAGACAACUACAAACGCGGUCCGGAGUACGACUCGAGCAUCCGCUCGUUUCGGAUUUAUAUGAGAUACUCGUCUUAAGAGGCGAUUGGGUCGCCGCGGAAGCACACCUUAACGAACUUUCGUCUGCAGGUCUUUUCUCAGAAUUCAUACAUACUUGCACACCUCGUGCCCGGUGGAGACGCUUACGCGGAACGGAUGCGAAUGGUGACGUACCCGGCAAACGUGGAGGGCAUGCAAUGUGCAUGGAUGUCGAGCGUGGUUUAAUAUACCUCUUUGGCGGUUAUGAUGGCCAGCGGAGCCUCGACGACUUCUGGGUGUACGACGUGCGGGAGGAACGGUGGCGCUUGCUUAGUCAUAGCGUCUGUGAAGAAAAGCGUGGUCCCACUCCUCGCGCAUGCCAUAAGAUGGUCUUCGACCAGAAGAGCGGGUGUAUCUAUGUCCUCGGCAGGCUAGGUGAUAGUGACUUCCAGGAGUCGAGAUCGACUGCACCGCCUACUGCCGUCCAAGAGCCCGACGGCAACAACCUAGCAGAGCCUGCUCAAGGAACUGGGCAGGUCCGAAGUGCUUGGAGCAAUAGGCGAUCAGUCGGAGUUGGGACGGGAAAUGCAGCUGAUGCUCCAUCUCCGCAUCGGCCAGGCUCCAGCAGGUCAAUUCCGGCACAAGACUAUCUAUCCGAUUUCUAUCGAUGUAGAACACGCGGAAUCGAUCAGGGAAACUGGGAGCUACUCAAUUACGACACUGCUAUCAAAGGCGGACCAAAGCUUAUCUAUGACCAUCAGUUGGUACUUGACACAGAUGCCCAGGUUCUAUAUGUACAGGGAGGCAGAGUCGUUGAUGAUGAUUGGAAAAACCCGAAGUACUCUGGACUAUAUAGUUAUGACCUCCGAACGGAUAAGACUAACAAUUCAGAUGGGAAUUUCUCGCCACGGUUUGGCCAUUCCAUGGUAUUCGAGCCGAACAUGAAGAAACUUCACAUUUUUGCGGGACAGAAAGACGAUUAUCUUGCCGACAUGUGGGAAUAUGACAUUCAGUCCAAGACCUUGACGGAGCUCUUCUCAAAUGUAUCGACCGCCGGUGGACCAGAUGCAUGCUUUGCUCAGAGAGCUGUGAUCGAUCCCUCGGUGAAAGAAAUCUAUGUCUUCGCGGGAAUGACCAGAAGACACAUGCAAUCAUAUUCCAAACUUCCUGUUUUCCUGUAUCGUUACGAUAAACGUCCAGGAACAUGGAUGCGUGUGCCAACAGCGGAUGCCUCCUCGAGAGUAUGUCAAGCUUCAUCAGGUGCCCAAAGGCAGCCACGAUCCCCUAAACGACAUCGUACUAGUGGAGAGAGCGAGAGGGAAGCUAGCAAGGCUGUCGAGUCAGAGGAAGAUGGAGAGCCUAUAGCUCGACGCGCUUGCCAGGUAGUAUAUGACCCAAAUACGCAGAUAUUCUACUUGCAUGGUGGAACUGCUCAAGCGAGAUUCGAUCCGGCAAGAGGCGUUUUCCCCGAGACAGAUGAGCGACUGGAUGACUUCUGGAGCAUGAAGCUUGAAAGACCUUCUCCAGAGGAGAUAAUACGACGUGCCGUCUUCGAAAUUAGGAGACAACAGUUUCGCGAGUUAUGUGAAGAUGCAGCACCUGUGGCUGCAUUAGCCUUCUUGCAGAACGAGGUUUCCGCUGUUGUGAACCAUGCGGACAACGAGGAAGCCGCAAAUUUCCGGUCGCUAUUAUCAUACCUAUUCGCUCAGCCUCCUGUCCCGUUAUCCCCGCUGUCCCCCGUACCACCCGCGACUAAUCUUCAACAGGACGAAGAGAGGUCGUAUGACUCGCCUUCAUCAAGCAACUCGGACUCGGGUUCUGGGGAAUGGACGAGUGAAUUGCGGAGAGAGGCGGAUGAAGAUGCUGUCAUGACAGAUGUUGGUUCUGUUCCCGCUCCUGCCGCUCUUGGUCCCUUCCCGGAUACAGUUAGUGAAGUACCAUCGGGAGAAGACGAUCCGUACGAACUGGCACUUCGAGGCGGGAAACAAUUGAGUGGCAACCGGUUCGAACAGCGGACCGAAGUAUUUGAAAGCUUGUUGCGUUUUGUGGGCAAAGCAGGACGGGCAAAGCAACCUGAAGGGAGCUUGUCGGAUGUCCUUGGGGAUGAGGAGUGGUAA